AUGCCUUCGAUGACAGAAGCUGUUUAUUCGAUUCAACCGAGCCGUACCCUGCAUAACCCUCCAGACCUCACUCCUUAUAGUGCUGUCUCAUCAUUCAAUUUACCAGUCCAUUACGACGCAUCUCUCAUCACACCGAUCUCCAUGUCUGACUCAACUCCCAAAACAAGGCCUUCACCCACAAUGAGAGACAAGCGCAUCAAGUUGUCUCCCACUAGCGAGUCACCCACUUUCCACCUUUUUAGUGACGAUGAGGACUUUGGCCACUCCAAAUUUAAUCCACCGAUGAAGCAUAAAGACUCGCUACAAGUCUUCUCGCCGGAAAACUCAUUUCCAUUGUCACCACUUGUGUGUCCAGAGCCGUUUUGGGGCUCCUAUGGUGUUUCUGCACCUCUUUCCGCUGUAACUUCGAACUCAUCUCCAGCAAUGCUCGCGAGCCCAAACCAUAACUCGGCAAGUAGCAUCAGUAACGAUAGUCAUCACUCUCGUCAACCCACCCCGUCUCACAAUAACCAUACCUACGGCGCUCAUAACUCCGCCCCUAUUCUUAUAGCACCAAAUCCGGUAACUCUCCGUGGAGCUGUCAAGCAGGAGAACGGCCCCUACAGACAAAACUCGCUGCAAUCCGAUGUGUCUACUCCUCGUUCACAGGGACCCACUCAAGUAACAUUCAUUGAUUCCAUGAGCAGCCUCGGAUCAUCAGGAAGUGGUGAAAGGAAGAGGAAAAGCCCCGAAGCCGGAUUCGAGGACGAGUUCUUGAGCUCUGAUGAUCUCACUUAUGAGGAGCAUCUUCUUCUACAGCUUACGGAGCAGGACCAGCUUCCAUGGAAGGAGGUCGCUGUGCGAUUCAACGAAAAGACCGACAAACAGAUGAAAGUCCCAGCAUUGCAAAUGCGAAAAAAGAGACUCAUCGAGCGACUAAGGGAGCGAGCUCUGAUUAUGGCCUGGGAGCAGUACGAGAGAUCGAAGUGGGACGCAAUCGCCCAGGGAAUGCUCAAACAUGGAUGUACUGAGAAGUGGACGAGGGAAGCCGUACAGAAGAAAUGGAAUGAAAUGCAUCACGAUGAAAUUUCAUACCUCUCUGGGUACGAGCGGAAGAGGAGACACCAACGAGUAUAUUCAGAGGAGACGAAUAGUGUGGCUCACAGCUCAUACGAAAACGAUACCCGGCCGAUGGCCGUCUCUACAGUUACCAUGGAUCAGGUUCGAAGCAGAACAGCGAGUGAUACUAGUUAUCAGAUGCAAUUUCACCGACAGCAACAAGCGCAUAUGGUUUUUGAAGAGCACCGUCUACAGCAGCGACAGGAUGGCUCGACUUCUCAGACGUAG